UGUACAAACACUCACCUCUCAUCCUCUAGUUCAACGAACGAUGCGGUGCGACGCUUCCUCUUGGCUCUGCGGGCGCCACGUAUCCGUAACAACAGCCGCACCGAUGAGAAGCGCCACCGGCCCAUCCUCCUUCUUCCUCUGCAGCAAGCCUACUGUCUUUUGCUGCACCGACGCUCCUAAAGACUCAUCGUCUACAUGUUCCGACACUGCUCGUCCGUGGUACAACCCCCUCAAGCGGCGACAGUCAAGUCAUGCUCCGGAUGUUGUACGCCAUUGGAUCCAAACCGAUAAUCAACAACCACUGUCUUCUCAAGACAGAUUUACGGUUGCUUCGUAUAACAUUUUGGGGGAUAGAAAUGCUUUCGCGCAUAGAGAUAUGUACCGCAACGUGCCUUCCCAUUAUCUCAAAUGGGACCGUCGCAAGAGGGUCAUAUGCGAUGAACUUGUCCAAUGGAACCCUGAUAUAAUCUGUUUGCAAGAAGUAGAUAAGUAUUUUGAGCUCUCGGAAAUUCUAGCGGAAGUGGGAUAUCUUGGGUCGUAUAAGAGACGCACUGGAGAUACCGUUGAUGGUUGCGCUAUUUUCUGGAAGGCUGAUAAUUUUCAGUUGUUAGAGGAACACAGCAUUGAAUUCAAGGGUUAUGGACUUCGUGACAAUGUUGCUCAACUCUCAGUUUUUGAGAUGCAGAAAGCCGAAUCAAGAAGGUUCGUGAUUGGUAACAUCCACGUGCUUUAUAACCCAAGCCGAGGGGAGGUAAAAUUGGGCCAGAUACGUUUUCUCAUAUCAAGGGCACAACUCCUCUCAGAGAGAUGGGGCAAUGCCCCCAUUGUCCUUUGUGGUGACUUCAAUAGCACUCCGCAGAGUGCAAUAUACAAGUUCUUGUCAACAUCUGAGCUGAAUAUCAUGUUAUAUGACAGAAGAGAGUUAUCUGGUCAGAGAGACUGUCAUCCUGCUCAAGUUUUAGGAGUCAAACAAGAAAUUAGCAGUCCACUUACACUGAUAGACGGAUUGUUGAAGCAUUGCUGGACAGAUGAAGAGGUUAGAGUUGCAACUGGAGAUGCUGAGAGCAAUUUAGUUGUGCAUCCCCUGAAGCUUAACAGUUCCUAUGCCACAGUGCGGGGUUCAACUAGAACACGAGGAUCCCAUGGCGAACCUUUAGCGACUUCCUACCACUCAAAAUUUCUUGGAACUGUUGACUACUUAUGGUACUCUGAUGGCCUUGUGCCCACUGGAGUUAUAGAUACCGUUCCAGUUGACAUUCUCCAGAGGAUUGGUAGCCUCCCUUGCAAGAAAGUGGGCAGCGACCACUUGGCCUUAGUUUCUGAGUUUGCCUUCACACUGGACACAAAUGGAGACAACAAAACAACUGCCUCAAGUAUCUGAACAACCUUGUCCAAGCAUUUAGAGAAGGAAACAAUUUUUUUGUCACACCAUGUAUGUUUAUCCCACAUAAAAUCUUUUGGAAGUAGAUCCUCGGAUCUUAUAUUUACUUCAUUAAACAAACAUGUUAUAGCUUGAAUAGCAAGUAAAAGGGAAUAUAAAGCACAGAUUGUAACCCA